ACUUAAAACCCCACCCCACUUUCACAUUCCAUAUUAUCAUUUCUUCUUCUUCAAUUCUAUCUUUCUCUCCUGUGCCACACUAUGGUGCACCACCACCAUGAUAAACGACAUAAGUUUUUUAUAAACGACAACAUUGACAUUCUAAGGGAAAUCCUUAAACGACUCGACGGUCCUUCACUCGGUGUAGCAUCCUGUGUGUGUCGCUUAUGGUGCACCCUCACAAACAACGAUGAUUCUAUCUGGGAACACCUAUGCUUCCGACACGUGUCCACACCGCCGGCGGCUUCGGUUCGACCAAUGGUGGUGGCGCUUGGCGGAUACAAGAGGCUUUACAUGGUGUGUGUAAGGCCAGUGCUGAGUCGACUCGGUGAGUCAGAGCGAGUUAGGAAAAGAGUGUGGACUCGGCAUGAGGUGCAACUUUCACUGUCUUUGUUUUGUAUUGAUAGCUAUGAGAGACUUGGUGGUGGAAUGAUAACCAGUGACGCGUCUGCAUCGUCCCUCAUGUUCCUCUGUAACCCCAUCAACGUUUGAUUCUUAUUUUUUUUUAUUAUUAUUUAUUUCACCUUUUGCAUUUUUCAAAACAUAAUAAUCUUGCCCCUAUUACUCCUCAAUCUACUACUACUACUUGUUUUUUUUUUU